AUGAAUUUAUCCGAUAAAUAUCAAGUGAAUAUUGACGAUGUUCACUUAGAUUUACUCGAUAUUGAACGUACACUUCAAACUUCAUUUAUCCGUGAUACAUUUGAACAUUAUGUCAAUGGUAUUUGCGGUGUUCUAUUUUGUAUACUGGGUAUUAUUAGUAAUGCAUUAAGUUUUUCUGUACUAAUACGCCGUACAAUGAAAUUAUCGACAUAUGUGUAUUUAGCUGGAUUAUGUUUAAGUGAUUUUACAGCAUGCAUAUGUCUAUUACCAAUAUGUUUACUUGAUGCUUAUCCAAUAUCGAUAUUUGAAUAUGAACUACCAAAGACCUAUAGUAUCUUAAGGUUUUUAAUCAUAACCGGUGUAAUUAGUACAACAGCUAGAGCUGUCAGUGUUUGGUUAUGUUUUGCAUUUACUAUUUGUCAACCCUUCAUUGGUCCUCAAUAUUGUACAAUGAAAAAUGCACGUUAUGUUACGUUUUUUAUUUAUAUACUCGGUUUAUUAUAUGCGUUACCAUUAUUAUUUGAAUAUGAACCGGUCGAAGUUGUCCUAUUUGAUAUGGAAAAAAAAUUUUAUCGUCAACAAUUAACAAAACUUGGAAGAAAUGGAACAUUUAGAUGGAUCUAUGUUACAAUAAAUUCUUGUGGCGUAUACAUCAUACCAUUGAUAACAAUAGCUAUUCUAAAUAGACAAUUGUUAACAGCUAUACGUUUAUUAGAAAAACGUUCAGAAGAAAUUAAAGCACCACUGCCAUCCAAACAAGGUGUUACAAUCAUGUUAAUUGCCACAACGGUUUGUCUUGUUUUAUUUCGUUUACCUUUAUUAUUAUUAUCAAUUCUAUGGUUAGUAAAAGCAAAUUUAUUUUUUGCUGAUAAAACAAAACUACCUUUAAGACGAUUUCAUACAGUUGCGAAUACGGCUGCUGUUUUUAAUGCUGCAACAAGUUUUAUACUCUUUAUUGUUUAUGGUACAAAAUUUCGUUCAGAAUUUACAAAAAUUUAUUGUUGUUGUUUUAAUAAAAAGUCAAAAUCAAAAAUCAAAAAUAAUCGUCAAUAUAAUGGAGUAGAACAAAAAUUAUUGCAAGAUGGUCUAAAUAAUAUGAAUAACAACGGGAGAAUAGUUUACUCUGGACGUAAACGAAAUAGUAGUGGUGUUACGACCACAUCAGUAUUAAAACGAACAUCAACAACUACAAUGUCAACAACAUCUAUAUCAUCAUGUAAAAAGUUUAGACGAAAACACAAACGUCGACUUACAGACGAUAAUAGCAAUACUAAUAAUAAUCAUCAGGCUCACUAUAACAAACCAAUGAAUGAAGAUGCAAAUAAUCACACAAAUAAUAAUCAGAAUAAAAAAUCAGAAAUCAACUGUGAUAAAUGUGCUCAAAAUCAUGAUUAA